AUGAUGAGACUAUUUGAUUUUGAAGUACCGAUUGGUAUCAAGAUGGACUGGGUUUCUAUUCCGUACACAGGCCGAGCAAAGUACGACGAACGGUCCCCCGGAGUGACUAGUCCACAUUGUUUCACUCGGAGGAUUCAUGCCAAGAGAGUUGAUUGCACUUUGAGGUCAAUUCUCCACCCAGCAACUGCAAAACCUGACUUUCCAUUUGCAGCACCGGCCACCUAUAUCAGUGAUUGGAAGUUGGCACAACAAGGUUUGCUGAGUGUUAAGGCCUACGGUCCGGUGAAGGAUGCGAUCCUUACCUUGAUCAGCAAGUUACAGGAUUACUACAUUUUGACGGAGGUUCUUUAA